UAUAUGGAGCUGCAAGUUUGUCUAUUGGAAGGCAACAAAGAGCAUGUACCCAAAGAUGAAAUCGUCCUCCUGCAGGCAGGUCUCGGCAGGAGGACUGUGAACAUCUGUGAGAAUGCCGACCAUGAAGAUAUCAGCAGAGCCCUUCAGGAGGAAUACCCCAAAAUGAGGGGACUAUGUGGAGGGCGGCUUUUAAAAAAGGGUGCAGGUGGCAGUGGCAAGAGAAAAAUUACAUCCCUACCCCAGGGGACACAGGGGUACACGGGGAAGAUCCUAAAAACAUCAUCCAACAGCGGAAAGUAUGUUUUGUAUAUAGUACCGCUCCAGGAGAGCCUGGAUCUGAGACCUUUGGCACAUACUGCUGUGGAAUUCCAUAAGAUGCCAAAACACCCCUGCAUGGCAUGUAGGAGUGAGAUUCCCCUUCCGCUCCUUCCACACCAUAUCAAAUUAUGCAAUAAAGAUGAGCCCGACCUUAUUGAUGACGAUGACGAAGACGACGCCGAAGACACAGCAGCCGCCAAAGACGUUAAUGAUGACGUCAUUGCCAUGCAAUCAUGUCCAAUUUGUGGGCAGGACUUUGCUGUUGACUACUUGCCUACUCAUGCAGCAUGGUGUGAUGAAAGCCUCAACUCCAGGACAGAGCUGAAGGAGUGCAGGACAGAGCUGAAGGAGUGCAGGACAGAGCUGAAGGAGUGCAGGACAGACCUGAAGGAGUGGAUGAUGGUGCCUGGAGGAACAUUGCUGAUGUUGGUAUGGCGGCUGAUCAUUUCAGACAGGCACUUUUGGUGUCCAAAGAAGACGAGCAAAAUUUAAAGGUCAAACUGGACAUGGCCGAAGAUGAGGUGGACAGAGAAGGCCAGAUAAUUAACUUUUACAAGACCCCAAACAUUGACUGGGCAAGACCUUUUCAUGCCAAAUUACAAGGGGAUGUAGCUAUUGGAGAUGGGGUGGCAAGGCACUUCCUGAGCCUGGUCAUCCACAAGCUCAAGCAUGGCUUUGCUAUCGAUGUUGGAAACUCAUGUGGUGCCAUGCUUUUUGAGGGCCAGUCGGAUCACCUUGUCCCCUCUUCUUCAAAGAUAUUUAUGCAAAAUGACAUGUUCAUAAUGGCUGGGCGGAUGAUAGGGCAUGCCUUUCUUCAUAGUGGCCCGCGCCUGACAGGCCUUAGCCCGGCGUGCUACAUGUUUUGGCUGGUGGCACCCCACAAACGGCCACCAUUGCCCUUGAAGACAUUAAUGACAUUGAUGUUCGAGAAACCAUUGGACCACUUUAUGAAGUCUGUGAGAACAACAAUGGGAACCUCACAACUCUAUCUGUGGAGCAAAGGGAUGCCAUAAAUA